AUGUCCUCUCUCUUGUACCCAUCCCUCUCUACUCCAUCCUCUCCCAUCCUUCACCUUCUUCCACCAUUCCUUCAUCCCCUCCCAUCCUUCCUCCAUACUUUCCCAUCCUUCAUCACCUCUUAUUCUUCAUCAUCUCCCAUCCCUCCACAUCUCCCAUCCCUCCUCAUCUCCCAUCCCUCCUCAUCUCCCAUCCCUCCACAUCUCCCAUCCCUCCUCAUCUCCCAUCCCUCCACAUCUCCCAUCCCUCCUCAUCUCCCAUCCCUCCACAUCUCCCAUCCCUCCUCAUCUUCCAUCCCUCCUCAUCUCCCAUCCCUCCUCAUCUCCCAUCCCUCCACAUCUCCCAUCCCUCCUCAUCUCCCAUCCCUCCACAUCUCCCAUCCCUCCUCAUCUCCCAUCCCUCCACAUCUCCCAUCCCUCCUCAUCUCCCAUCCCUCCACAUCUCCCAUCCCUCCUCAUCUCCCAUCCCUCCUCAUCUCCCAUCCCUCCUCAUCUCCCAUCCCUCCUCAUCUCCCAUCCUUCCUCACAUCUCACCCCCCACCUCCCCCCCACUCCAGUGGGUACUUCGACCAACUCCCCGCCACACCUUCUCGCCCCUCCUCGCCCUCUCGCCUUCUCGCCCAGCUCAGGCUGUGGUCACGUGGAAGACCCAGAGCCGGCCUGCUGCAGGUGGGGACGGGGACCGUGGUCACGUGGAAGACCCAGAGCCUGCCUUCUGCAGGUGAGGAUAGGGUGUGGGGAAUGACGGGUGAUGUUAAGAUAGAGUGUGAGGAUGGAGGAUGA